CUGAGCCUGUGGGUGGUAGUGCGCACCGGGCACGCUGCUGUCCACACACAGAGCUCUUCUCUGCACUAGGCAGCAGAACAGAACCUCAUGGCCUCUUCUUCCUCUGCGGCGAACCAACGCCGACGUCCUCUCUUCACCAUCGUAGUCGCUCUCUCAUCGCUGCCGGCGGCGGUGCUCGCAGCUACUAGGGGCGAGCAGGAGGGCGACCGGGUUCGGUUCCUCCCCGGGCAGCCGCCGCGCCCGCUGGUGUCGCAGUUCGCGGGGUACGUCACCGUGAACGAGCGCAGCGGGAGGGCGCUCUUCUACUGGUUCUUCGAGGCUCAAACGUCGCCGGCGCAGAAGCCUCUCCUGCUCUGGCUCAAUGGAGGCCCUGGUUGCUCAUCUGUGGGCUAUGGAGCAGCUUCUGAGAUGGGGCCUCUCUUGGUCAAUGGCAACGGGACCGGGUUGGAGUUCAACAAAUUUGCAUGGACCAGAGAGGCCAACUUGCUGUUCCUGGAGUCUCCGGUUGGAGUUGGCUUCUCAUACUCAAAUACCACCUCUGACCUAGACAACAUGGACGAUGGCUUCGUUGCCGAGGACACCUACACCUUCUUAGUGAAUUGGUUCAACAGGUUUCCUCAGUACAAGAGCCAUGACUUCUACAUCUCAGGAGAGAGCUAUGCAGGUCAUUAUGUCCCUCAGCUUGCUGAAAUGGUGUAUGAGCGCAACAUGCAUCUUGAAAUGAAUCAGCAUAUCAAUUUGAAAGGAUUUAUUGUUGGCAAUGCAGUGACUGAUGAUUACUAUGAUGAAAAAGGGCUAGUUGAGUUUGCCUGGAGCCACUCGGUGAUCUCUGAUCAACUUUACCAGCAUGUAAAAAAUGUUUGCAACUUCAGGACCAUCUUCUUUACUGGGGAAUGCGCCCAUGCAAUGAACCUUGUAUACACUCAGUAUGAUAAGAUUGAUAUCUACAACGUGUACGCACCAAAGUGCAAUACUGAUGAGUCAGCACUUUCAUCUAGCUCGGACAGCACAAUAGAAAAGACUGUGAAGAAGAAGUUCAAAAGAUUGAGGAUGUAUUCGGGAUAUGAUCCGUGCUACUCAACCCACAUUGAAGAUUACCUGAACAGGAUUGAUGUACAGAAAUCACUUCAUGCGAAUAUCAGUGGAUGGAUCAAGGAUAGAAGAUGGAGUAUCUGCAGUUACUCAGUAUUCGACAACUAUGACGACAACAUAUUUACUGUUCGUCCUCUUUACUCCAAGCUUGUCAAGACAGGACUAAGAGUUUGGGUCUACAGUGGAGAUAUGGAUGGCAGGGUUCCAGUUAUUGGAACCCGGUACUGGGUCGAAGCACUUGACCUUCCUAUGAAGUCACAGUGGCAACCAUGGUACCGAAACAAUCAGGUUGCUGGAAGGUUUAUUGAGUAUGAAGGGUUGACCCUGGCCACUGUCAGAGGAGCAGGCCAUGAUGUGCCUCAAGACAAGCCAGCAGAGGCACUUGCCUUAAUCAGUUCUUUCCUUUUAGAGAGACAACUGCCAACGAAAAACAACUGAUGGCUGCAGAAUAAUUUGCUGAAUGAGAAAGAGUGAAAAUUACUCAUAUUGCCAUUGACGUAACAGAGCAUGAAGUAUUGGCACAUUUGCGGAAUGAAAUUUGCUGAAAUGAAAAGAUUACAUUGUUGGUAAAUGAUUGUACCUUUAGGAUAUCUGUUGGCAGGUCAUGUAGCUGCGAAAACAUUGGGAGCUCACUGUGGUAGUUGUUAGUGCAUAGUGCUGAUUUUGAUUAACAGCGCUUCGGAACUUCAUGUGUGAGGGGAAAAACAUGAGGCUUGGUUUAUGCUUGUGUAGCUUUUAAUCAGGUCUGCGGAUGCUUUGUUCUGAGUCGUGUCAUUAUUUUCUGUUGUAUGGAAAG